AAUAAAAGAUGAGUCUAAGCAAUACUAGUAUUACUUUCUGUUUCCCAAAGAGCAGAAUUCUUCAAAUAUUUAUGACAGUUAUUCAAUGACAUAGUCCCUUUAUUUUCCUAACAUUCAGAUUCUUUAAGAUUGAACAAGUUAAAAUAGAGAGAAAUGUCGAAUUUUGUACUGCAACUGCCAAAUAAGCUGCGUUUCCAGAGCUUCACUGUCUCCUCUUCCUCUAAUGGGUCUGCUCCUGGUGUGCCUCAAUCUGCCGGGCCAGUGAUUCUUGAACUUCCCCUUGAUAAAAUCCGAAGGCCGCUCAUGCGUACCAGAUCUAAUGACCAGAAGAAAGUGAAGGAACUGAUGGAUAGUAUCAAGGAAAUCGGGCUUCAAGUACCUAUUGAUGUGCUUGAAGUGGAUGGGGUUUAUUACGGUUUUUCUGGUUGUCAUCGAUAUGAAGCUCAUCAGCAACUUGGCCUUCCAACUAUUCGUUGCAAAGUUCGUCGAGGAACAAAAGAAACUUUGAGGCACCAUCUUCGAUAAGAUCCUGCUGAAUCGCGCUAAACAGGAGAUGCAUGAUAAUGGAUCGUCCUCCAAUAUUGAUGAUAUGUAUUUAAUGUAAAUGUAUGUAUACAAGAUUUGCCAAUGUUUGAGGUGUUUCGUACCUAUACUUUGGAGUUUGUACAUUGACUUGGUAGAUUAUGCAAAAGAAGAUGAUGAUUAAUGGCUUUAUAAAUUGCAUGCAACUCCCAUUAUCCCAAA